AUUCGACUUCAAAUAUCUUCUGCACGAAUUCAAGUAACGCUUCACUAUGUAAAAAUUUCCACAAUUGUUCUGAUAUCAUCUUAUCAAACGUGGCACUUUUUUCGGACACAAUCGUUGCCCGGCAUUCAAAAAGAGGGCGGUGUAAAGUUUCUUCUGCGUUUAUGCUGGUAGGAUAGCUCCCUUCGUAGAAAGCACCAGUCUAUUUCUAGUCGAAAGAGUUCUACUCAAUGAGGUCUUUCUUAGUAUAUCUGGCUUUGCUAUUAUGUCUCUAGGGUAUGAUAUUAUUAUUAAGGACGUUUGCGACCCCCUGCUACAUGAUAUCAUCCUUACAGACUAUUCUGCAUAGCCCUAAAAGUAUUUUCAACCAAACAUACUCCCCAAGCUUCAGGCUGUGGUAUGGGUUUAUCAUUUUGUUACGCCUUUCAAGGUAUUAUUUUACAUAGGUGGCUAUGCUGGCAAAGGUAGCAUCGUGAGGAAGGGGGUGGUGUUCUUUCAAAUGCGUAUUUUUUGCGGUCUGAUUCCUCAACACAAACGACGCUCCUGAUAGUCUUGCUUGCAUGUAAAUAUUGGAGUCUUUAUGAGGCCCCACAUAACGCGGGACGCACAGUGUUAUAGAGCGUUGCGUCUGCAUCAAGAGAGCAUUAUAUUCUACGUCACACUGGUCUAUUCUCAGAAAGCGAAGGUUACUCUUACGUAGUGUAGCGUUGACCUGAGUUAUCUUUUACUCGUUUCCUUUUCCCCCCCACUUCAAUUGAAGGAGAAUACAACAACAUUGUACUAAAUAACUCAAUGACAGUAGUAAUGCUAUAAUACUUAGCAUAGCUCUCAAUGCAGGUUUAUUAACCCUGAAAUUUGAAUAACUACUGCUGAUAUCAAGCAUUAUUUUUAUCAAUAUAGAGAGGAGGGAGAGGUUUACCACUUUAGAUGUGGCAACCUUAUUGCUGAUGUUCUGAAAGUUUAUGAAUGGGCACUUUUUCUCCCUCCUUUUGAUCUUAUCCACAUACUUUUCUAUUUAAUGUUCAUCUUUACCAUCAAGACACUAUCUCUAUCAGAGAGAGAUUAAAAAUAAGAGGAAAACGAGAUAAAUAUGGCCGAUGAUGAUAUAUUAGAAGAUCUUCUGUCGUGGAAGGAGAAAUCCACUACACUGAUACGUGAUACUGGCCUGAAACUACCCACGACACCAACUAACGUUCUUAUAUCGUCUUCAUCCUCCAAAGAGGCCGAAACGUGUCUUUCUAUUCCUACAGAUCUUAAUGCGGAGCUCUUCGAUUACCAGCGAGAUGGGGUUCAAUGGCUAUAUAAAAAACAUUGUAGGGCGCGUGCGUGUUUAUUAGCGGAUGAGAUGGGACUUGGGAAGACCGUCCAAGUGUGUGUCUUCCUGGGGGCUCUUUAUUCGCAAAAAAAGAUUAAAACUACGAUUAUUGUGGUACCACCUACAUUACUGCCUAUGUGGGUGCAUGCGCUAGAACAAUGGGGACGGUUAGAUAAUAAGGUGGUCGAGAUUGUUCACAACGACCCUAAAGGAAAGCGUGCGAGUCGAUGGAAGAAGCUAACCUACGGUCUGCCAUGUGUAAUGCUCACAACGUAUGGUGUGCUGCGACAGGACGCCACCAACAUGAGCGCUGUGCUGGUGGACUAUGUUGUUCUCGAUGAGGCCCACCUUAUUAGGGACGCCAGUACUCAGGCCUUCAAAGGCGCUAUUACCCUCUCGUCACGACACAAGAUAGCCCUCACCGGCACACCACUUAUGAACAGCUUUGAGGACAUGUGGAGUAUUUUCAAGUUCUUGGAUGGCUCCAUUUUGAACACGAGCCGCUCGGACUUUAGUGCCAUUAGUGCAGUCCUCUUGCAUGGUAAUGAGAAAGAUGCGAGUGAUCAGCAUCGCUUGAGAGCGGAGUCUGAGUUGACGAAGCUGAGAGCUGCCAUCAAGCCAUUUAUGCUGCGCCGGGAAAAGGCGGAUGUACAGGCUGUAUGCUGUGUCAAACACGACACAGUAGUGUGGGUUUGUCUGAAUGAGCUGCAGCGAAAACAGUACGAGCUAUUUGUACGAAGCAGGUUUGAAGGGAACACGGUACUCAAUCCAAACGGUGAUGAAGUGGAGGAUGACCUUAGCCAGCUGGAUGAAUGGGUAAGUGGCGAAGGUGAUGCUUCUGAAAAAGGGGGUGACGUCCGACCUCUGGUGCUCCUGACAGCCCUUUCGCAAAUAUGCAAUCACCCCUGGUUUAGCCUCACUGAUGCAGGGUUUCAUCAGGCUCUGACUAAUCCUUUCCAGGUGCCUUGCGAGGAGGUGGGUGAUAUCUUUGGCGGUCCUAAGCUUAGGGUUGCGCUCCACAUCAUAACCCGUUGCAUUAAUGCGUCCCGCCGCAAGUGUUGCGUCUUCUCACGGACGAAACGCACUCUAUCGAUGCUGGCAGUUCUUCUACAGGCGUGGUCUAUCUCAUUCACGCGCGUAGAUGGUGAUGUAAGCAGCCCCUCAGAACGCACCCGCGCCAUCCGUGAGUUCAACGAAGACCCACAGCUAUGGGUCUGCCUGCUGACCACGCAUGUAGGCGGCCUCGGGGUCAGCUUCCACGCGGCCUCCUGCGUUAUCUUAAUGGAUCCCAGUUGGAAUCCGUCAGCAGAUGCUCAAGCAGUGGACCGUGUUCAUCGGAUAGGUCAAAAACAUCAGGAUGUAUUGAUCUUCCGUCUUUUGACUUGCGGGACAGUAGAGGAAAAGGUUUACCGAAACCAAAUCUUUAAAUCCAUAGCAGCCAAGCAGUCAAUGCAGAAGUCUGAGGAGCAGUCGGUAGAGUUCCAUCGUUACUUCACACGCAUACAGCUGCGGAAUAUGUUUGAGAUUGGGGAUCUUGAUAAAAGCCUCACAGCAGCCCAGUUAGAGGUGUUGCAUUCAAAUAAUGUUCAGCCAUGCGUGAAGGAUAUCGUCAAGGACGCCCCACUCGUCUGCGCUUUGAGUGAUCAUGGAUGCGUGAUCACUGAAGUAUCAGCCACGGCGGGAGUGAAGGCUGAUUUGAUUAAGGAAACAACCACACCUCUGAAGAGAGCUUCAAAACGCACUCGUUCCUUUUCUCACAGCCCACCACCAACACCAUGCCGCAGGCUUUCGUCUGCAGGGGGUUUGGAUCAAAGUAAUCCACUUUCAGCUGCUUCCAUGGGGUUUGAAUACUCUGAGACAGAGCGACCACCUGCUAUGGAGGUGCUUGAAAGUGAUGAAAACGCCUUACUUGAGUUAUCUAGAGAUCAGAACGACGACACUGUGAGGGCGUAUGUCAACACGCGUUCGCUUGAGCGUGCAGGUUCGUUGAACUUGUCCGAAUCAUUUAAGGAAUGUGUUGAUGAAUUCUGA